GUGAACAAUAUACUAUAUACUCUCUAUCUACUCUACCUAGGGUUUCCUUCUUUAUCACAUAUUUCUCUAUAUGUUAAAAAAAACAAACAAAGGAUCUUCAUUAUGGGAAGAGGUAGGGUUCAACUGAAACGGAUCGAAAACAAAACAAGUCAACAAGUGACAUUUUUCAAAAGAAGAACUGGACUUCUCAAAAAAGCUAAUGAAAUUUCUGUGCUUUGUGAUGCUCAAGUUGCUUUGAUUAUGUUCUCUACCAAAGGAAAACUUUUUGAGUUUUCCUCAGCACCAAGCAUGGAAGAUAUCCUGGAACGAUAUGAGAGACAAAACCAUACAGAGCUUACUGGAGCUAACACUGAAGCACAGGGAAACUGGUCUUAUGAAUACAUGAAGCUAACUGCUAAAGUUCAAGUCUUGGAGAGGAACUUGAGGAACUUUGUGGGACAUGAUCUUGAUCCUUUGAGUGUGAAAGAGCUUCAGAGUUUGGAGCAACAGCUUGACAUGUCGCUAAAGCGCAUCCGAACAAGAAAGAACCAAGUUAUGAACCAAUCCAUCUCAGAGCUGCAUAAAAGGGCAAGGGCAUUGCAGGAUCAAAACAGCAAGCUAGCAAAGACAAAGGAGAAAGAGAAAACAGUGAGUGAACAUCCACAGAGAUUCCCAGAAACCAUAGGCAUAGGACAAUGUUCAGCCACCUUCAACUUAACUUGUCAACCUGAUCUGCUACCACCACAAAGACUGGUUCCUUCUCUAACUCUCAGGAUGGAUGGAUGCAGUGGAACUUUACAAGCAAGAGGGUCAUUGGAAUUUGAAGAAAGGGGUGAAGUUCAGAUUGUCCCUAGCAACAACACUAGUCUCAUUCCAGCAUGGAUGCUGCAACAUCUCACUAACUAGGUUGACAUGUAUUUAUGUAUGUGCGAAAGACAUAUAUAUUAUAUAUAUGUAUUUAUGAUGAGUGUGUAAGCCUUAUUAAGGCACAAACUAUGUCAGAAUGGUAUUAACUGUUCCUAGUGAAUAUGGCCCCUACCCUGCCCUUCAUAUUUCAAAUCAAUGAGAAUACAGUCUCUGCUAUAUGUAUGUAGAUUGUUGAUUCUAAGCAGUAAAUUAAGAUUUUAUUUGGUGCCAUU